AUGGCGGAAAAGAGUAAGAUUUUGAUCAUUGGAGGAACUGGUUACAUCGGAAAGUUCAUUGUGGAGGCCAGUGCCAAGUCCGGCCACCCUACUUUCCUCCUCAUCAGGGAAUCCACGCUCUUAAAUCCAUCCAAAUCCUCCAUGCUCGACUCCUUUAAGAAAUCCGGCGUUACUUUCAUCACUGGCGACUUGUAUGACCAUGCUAGCGUGGUGAGGGCGGUAAAACAAGUAGACGUAGUGAUCUCGACAGUCGGUCCCGCGCAAUUUGGCGAUCAAGUUAAAAUCAUCGCCGCCAUCAAAGCAGCGGGUAAUGUCAAGAAAUUCUACCCAUCGGAGUUCGGAAAUGACGUGGAUCGUACUCAUGCAGUGGGUCCGGCUAAAACAGCUUUCGCAACUAAGGCUCAGAUUCGUCGUGCCAUUGAAGCCGAAGGAAUCCCUCAUACGUACAUAGUUAACAAUUGCUUUGAUGGUUACUUUCUUCCAAGUUUGGCACAGCCUCAAGCCACCGCUCCUCCGUUGGAUAAGGUGGUUAUCUUCGGCGAUGGUGAUACAAAAGCUGUUUUCAAUGAGGAACAUGACAUUGCAACCUACACCAUUCAGACUAUUGAUGACCCAAGGACCCUAAACAAAAUCGUUUACAUCAAGCCUUCGUGUAACGUUUACUCAUUCCAUGAUUUGGUGUCGUUAUGGGAGAAAAAGAUCGGAAAAACCUUGGAGAGGGUCUAUCUGUGUGAAGGCCAAGUUUUGAAGAACUUAGAGGAAUCUCCUGCCCCACUAAAAAAGAAUUUGUCGAUUUGGCACUCCGUCUUUGUGAAAGGAGAUCAAACAAACUUUGAGAUUGAACCAUCAGUCGGGGUCGAAGCUUCAACGCUUUAUCCAGAUGUUAAAUACAUUACAGUUGAUGAAUAUCUAAGCCGUUUUGUUUGA